GUAACCUAGCUCUUUGUCUUUCCAUGAACAUGUGACAAACAUUUUCAAAGUACCAUUUGAAUUUCAUAUCAUUUUAAAUUUCAUGGACGCUCAUUUUCUUACCAUGUAGCAACUCUGAUGACUUCUUCCAUCAAAUAAAAAUCAAAAAAUGUUUUUUUCGAAAAUGAAAAUCUGAAAUGCUAUCCCCUGUAUACAUCGUUGUCUUUUAAUAAUUAUAUAGUACGAAUAUUGUCAAUACUCUUGUCAACUGUUUUUCCUUGGUAGAGUGAAAGAAUAGCCAUGUUAAAUACACCUCCAAGUGAAUAAAGAUCCUUUAUUAUUAUUAUAAAGAAGACACAUCAAAUAGUAUGCUUCACAAAUCACUGUAUAUUUUACAUGCAGGUAGCAAUUUUCUGAUCAAUUCGUUGUCAACAAUAGGGACGAGGUAGAUAUUUGAUAGAUAUUGACUUGGACAUAGCUUACAGAACGAAUAGUUUCAAGAAAAUUUAUUUUAAUAAUGAAGAACAAACUUCAGUGUCGGCUAGAUCUGGGAGUAUAUAAACUAUAUUGGUCAAACAGGAAUAACUUUCAACAAGCGAAUAAAAAAUAAUGGAAGUAGUUCUUAACGAGAUCAUUAUUCAGUAGAGAAGCAUAGUUCAAUAAUGACUGUGAUCUAUUUCUUUUGGAAAAGUUUGGAAUUCAAGUAAUGAUAAAACAUGAUAAAUAGCAAAGAACAUCUUUGCAGGUACCAAAAUGAUAAAUAGCAAAGGACAUCUUUGCAGGUACCAAAAUGAUAAUUUACAAAGAUAUCUUCCAACUAUCUAUCAUUUUGGACAUCUUUGCAGGUACCAAAACGGUAGAUAGUUAAAGAUAUCUUUGUAAAUUAUCAUUUUGGUACCUGCAAAGAUGUCCUUUGCUAUUUAUCAUUUUGGUACCUGCAAAGAACAUCUUUGCUAUUUAUAAUUUUGGUACCUGCAGAGAUGUUCUUUGCUAUUUAUCAUUUUGGUACCUGCAAAGAACAUCUUUGCCAUUCAUCAUUUUGGUACCUGUUAUUCGAUUAACAAGGUUUAAAGUACAGUUUGACAGAAAACGAAACGAAAGUGGACUCAAUGAUUUGAGAAUAUGGACACCACAAAAAAUUCACUUCGACCAAUGUAAAAAGCUAUCAAAAACUAUCAAGGCUGGAGAUGUUCCUAUUCCACAAAAAACGUAGUAGAACAUUCCGAAGAAUUUUAGUGCAAUUCUUUUGCUUCUGAGGUCCUUAGAAUAGAAGUUUUCAUAAAUCCCCCUUCUUCACCCAUUUUUCCAAAAAAUUGUUAUUCGACAUUGUCUAACACUCAUGUCCUAGGAAAAAGAACCAUCUUGUUAGUCAGGUAUUGGUAUGCUACUACUACGGGAUGUUACUACUACAGGACUCUAUUCUACUAUACCCCAAAUUUAGGCAUAUUCCUCCUGCAUGUUCAGAUUACCUCCACCAAUUAUUUUUUUAUAUCUCCAGAGUGACUACGGGUAACGAUAUCGGUUUUCUUCUGUAUUUUUGUCUAUUGACAUUGUUACUAUGAAGAAUGUCGUUUCAUAAAAAAACACAACAUAGUUCAGAAAAUUUGGAAAACAACAAACAAGGAAAACAAGUUUUUAAACUAAUUUCAUUUUGACUAUUUUCGGAGUUAUAUCCCAACACUAAACGACGAAGAUUAAACAUUUUAUAGAGAUUUAAGUUGAAAAUUCUUAUGGAUCACUGCAAUGCUUUGCAGAAAUUUGUCUAGAUAUCAAAUACUCCUAUUCCCUCGUAUUGCUAAAUAUAUACCGAUAUGUCUGGAAAUUCCAAGUUUAUUUCCUUUGUUCAGGAUCUUAUUCAUAAGCACCUAAUGUUGGGAUUAUCUUGACAUAUGUUAGGAGAAGUAUAAUAUUCUUUUAGAAAGGCAAGUUAGCAAUUCCAUAAUCAAGUACCCUACAAAUCUUAAUUUAUAUAUUUAUUUGAUAUUUCUUUGUUAACUGCACUUUCUUCUUCCUUAGUCUAUGAACAAUUAUCACAAUGACUAUUUGAAUAUUUUUACGGCUUUCUUGAUAGCGAUUGUUUCGUUAUCAACAUUGAUAACACUAAUUUCAAUGUGAUGAAUUUGGAAAAUACCAACGGAGAAUGUACAAUCGGAGGUAAACAGGAUUUAUCUUUUCACAAAAUAAUAUAUAGAAAGAAACACGAAACUGAAAUAUCAGUAGCUAUAAUUAGUAAUUAUAUUUGAAACCGUUUAUAAUUUUAUUUAUAGAUAUAAUAAGCACAUCUUGCAGACGGCUUAAAAGUACCAAAUGUGGUGAAAUGGCACCCAGUAUUCAAUAGAUUGUGUAUUUCAACAUUACGGAAAGUGCAAAAUUCCACAAUGACAUACGGAAAUGUCUAUAACUCAUACGGCCUACUUGACCUGAAAAUUGUCUUAGGAAACUUUGCUUUCUCCUCUUGAUUUUAGUUUUUAACGCCGGUAAAAAUUAUGUCUGACCUUAGAAGAUACGGGUUAUAAUUUAUUGAAAAGACAAAAUCUCACCCUAUCUUCAUUAUGCCAUAGUAACAUAAAUUAGUAAAUUAAUGUAAUGAAACCAUGUAUCCAUUUUCCUGAAUACUACAAUCUAAUUUAUUUUCUAUUGGUUUAGCUUGAAAGUAACUUAUUUAUAGUUACUUUUUUUUUGUGAAAAUCAUUAUUGGCAAAGACCUUGAUUGUUUUUGUAACAAAUACUGAAUAAUAACAUAACGGAUUUCAAAUAAGCACUUCAAACAAUACACCACACUGAUACUUUUCAAUUUAUGCAAAACAGACAGUUAAACUGACCAACAAGAUUACUCCAUUUGAUUCAUAUUGAAACCAUAGUGAGUUUCCUUUUAUAUAGACAACCGACUGAAUGGUCAAUCACUCAGUAUAGAGGACCCACAAAGUACGGUUACGAAUUUGUAACAGUUGUGAACAAAAAACUAAACUUUGCUUAAUUAUUGUCCAGUAUCUCCGUUUUUGUACAGUACAUUUUCACGAUUUUUUGUUAAUGAGAAACUCAAAAAAACUCAAAACCGAAUUUGAAGAAAUAUCACUUGAUCUUCAGUAACUUUCUAAAAUGUUGGAUCAGGGGUAUUGCCCUUGUUACCCUAUAGAUACGCCAAUGGUUCAAAUAUAAUCAAAAUGGAAAAUCCAUGGAUUAGGGGUCAUGAAACCCUCUACAUUAUGGGUAACUUUCUGAAAAUUUAGUAAGGCCACAGGUAUUAGUAUAAAUUAUAUUUACUUGAUGACAAUGAAUAUUGAGGUUGUGUAAAUAAUUCCAACAGAAAAAUUAUGUUUAGAAACUAAAAGUAUUGUUUCAUCCUAAUACUAUUCAAAUGAUACAUAUAUAGUGAACCUCCCUGUAGACCAAUCACUUGAAAGUUAAGCUAGAAGUUAGUUAAACUACUUUUGUAUCAAUUUUAUUACAUCAAAAGCGUAAGAACAGUGAAAUCGUAAAGACAAAUUUAGAUAGUAUUCCAGAAUAUUCUGAACAUAGAUCCAUGCACGAAAAAUUAACGUUAUAAUUGAAAAAUAGUAAAAAUACUCAAAGAACUUUAGACUUACUUUGUUAAUUUAGUAGCUACCUAAUAUGUAUACACACAGUAAAUAGAUGAAUUGUUUCACUUAUAAGGUGCCCAUUCCAAUCUUCAAACUAGCUUCAUAAAAAAAGUAUUUCAGUCAAGUCCUUCAUUAGCUUGAAAUUUCUUGUAUUAUCACCCUCUAUACUAUAUCCGCACUGUAAUAAUACACCUACAGUAGUUUCCUGAUUCAGUAUUUCUAGGACCUUCAAAACAAUUAAAGGUAAUUUUCACAAACUUUCACCAAGGAUUUUCAAAACACAAUAUACCUACUCUACCUUUUUGACAACAUUAUUGACGAAGAUGACAUUCCUGUUAUUCUGUUUUGAAGCAUUUGUUUACCAUAGUUACGUCAAUAACUUCAAAAGUUUGAUCAAUUUUGUCGAAAAUCCGUUUCAUCGAUUUUGAAACCGUAAAAAUACUACCUAUAUCUAUUUCCUUCAAGAUUUGUACGCAGAAAAAUAGCAAUAUGGCUGAAGAAGAAUAUCGCAGGAAAAUGGAGAGUCUCCAGCAGUACAUUCCAUUCUUGGAUAAUAUGAUAAUUCAACUCAGAGAUCCGAGUAAAAAGAAUAGAGAGCAACAGCUCAGCAAGAUGGAGUCUCUGCACGCUAUGAUAACAGACAGGAAGAAAAAAUUGAAGUUGGAAACUUUAAACAAAUGUGAAGAUGUUAUAUCAAAAUUAUACUUGAAGGUGAAUCAUAAACCGUUAACUAUAGUUAGAAAAGAGAAGGCACCUAGUCCUAGGUCUACACCUGCAAGUCCUAGUCCCCCUAGGGAUAUUAGAAAUGUUUUCGAUAUAAAACCACUACCAAUUCCUACAGAGAGGUUAGAACCUAUGUCCCACAUUCCGAAAAUAGACAUCUACAGUAGUGCAGCAGAAAGUCUUACAAAGUCAAAACCUAAAAAUAAUUCGCCUUUAAGUAUCAAAUGCCCGGACAUGUCAAAACCGCCUAUAAGUCUUGAUGAUCUCAAAGACUUGGAAGAAGAUGUUCAGGAGAAAAUUAAUGAAGGAGCUUCUUUAAGCGAGCUUAAUAACAUGAGAGACAAACUUGCUCAUCAAAUUCUAAUGGAGCAAGUCAAAUCGAUAUCGCCUUCAUCUACGAGGAAGGCUAGUGAUAUAAAUACUACUGUAAAAAAUAAUUUGAGCUUGAGUAAAAAGAUGGAUGAGGAAAAGAGGGACGAUACUUCUCCCAAGCAAUUUAGUCCUUAUCAGGCACCUGAGGUUGAUUCCCCUAAAAAAUCCAUACAGUUGAAUCUGAAACCAAAACCCUCUUCCAAAGUCACGAUCGAGCCAGACAGCAUUUUUGGUAAGAUCAUCUCUACAAUUGACGAAAAAAUCAUGGAAGAUAAGAAAAAAGCUGAGAGGAGAAGUUCCCUUGCUAGAGAUGAAAAAGUUAAGGCUGAGGAUAAAUCAAGUUCAGGUGAAAGCAAGAAGAAAGAUAGUAAGUCAAAAGAUGAAAGUAGAAAGACGGAAGACAAACCUACCUCAUCUUCGUCUUCGAAAAGCGAAAAAUCUAAAGAUAAGAAAUAUGAGAAAAAAUCUAAGGGAGAGGCUCAAAAAUCCAAAACCGAUACGAAAGAAUCUAAAAACAAAGACGAAAAGAAAAAAGUUGACAAACACAGAGAAUCCACUAGUUCCAAAGACGAACGCGAAAAUUCAGACAAGGAUGCUCAUAAUGGUGUAAUCGUCAUUGAGGACGAACCCAUCAACAAUACCAAUGAGCAGAGCAAAUCUGAGGCUUCGUCAAGUGAAACUGUUGAAAAACCCGAUCUAUAUAAAGAUCCUAAAAUGGAAGUUAUCAAGAACCAUAUUUCGAAUCAAAUUGAGGAGCUUAAGGAGAAAAACGAGGCGAUUAGCAAAGGUAUGUCUCCUAUUUACAAACGUUUAGCGGAUAAAUACCACCCCAAACCAAGGAAACCAAUCGUCGAUCCUGACAUCGAUCAGGCUGUGACUGAUAGCAUCGAAGCUAACAUGAAAAAAUCUCCACCUAAACCCCCUAUCCUCAAUCGCCUAGCGGAUGUACCACCCCCGCCUGCUAGUUUGGUGAAAUGCUCUCAAUUGGAGCCGGAAAUUCCUACUGCUCUUCAAAAAAUUAUGAACCCGUGCACUACGCAGUUGAUUAACACUGUCGUCAGCCAGUUCAUACACACUAGCACGGAACCGGAACGAUUGAUCCCACCAAUGCAGCCCCUCAUGCUUCCAGUUCAUACUCAACAGAUGAUGACUAAUCAACCCUUACCGCAGAUUCCGCAGCUAUUAGGAAACACUCCUUUGAUACCAAACAAGCCUUUACUGCCCACUCCAUCGCGGCUGAUGUCGCCGAAUGAAAAUUUUAUAUCCGAUUAUGCCAGGGAAGAUUUUUGUAUGUCUUCGAACUCUGGAAGAUCAGAUAUUCGGUUCGAUCCUCCUGCGAAUAGAUUCAUCCCACCUCUGAUAACCCCUCAGAGGUUUAAUCAGUCUUACUCCAACUACAAUCAAAUGGAUACCAUGCACAAGCUAGAUUAUUACCCUCCCAAUGCUCCAUUACCUGCCAACCAAUACAAUGGAGGACCACCCCUUUUAUCUCCUGAAACACCACAUUACCAGGAACAUAAGCAAAACUCUUUUGGGAUGCCGUUCCGAGACUUCAAGCAACAAGACGAUUUUAGAUGGAGAAUGGAUCGCAGAGACUUCGAACCGAUGCAUCGGGGUCCUAAGACCUACAGGGAAUUCAGGGAAAUGCGAGAGAAUAGUCGGGAUCCGAGAGUUGUAAGAGACCACAGGGAUUAUAGAGACAACAGAGUUCUUGUUGACAGAGAUACCAGAGAUUCCAGAGAGUCGAGAGAUAACAGAGAAUACAAAGAUAAUCGAGAUAAUAGAGAACCUAGGGACAGCCGCGAGUCUAAAGAUCCUCGUUUGAUUCGAGGAGACCCAAGACUGAAUAGAGAAUUCGACAGAGGUAGAUCAAGGGUUCGGGAAGACUAUAGGCCCAACCGAUUUGACAGCAAAUUCGAUAGAAUGUAUACAAGGACUAAUCGGAAUAGAUCGCGGUCUAGAUCAAACUCUAGAUCCAGAACAAAUAACGAUUCGGAUUCAUUCAUGUCUCCUCUAGAUAGCUUGUACUCUGGAAAAGAGGAACAUAAAACUGGUAAAGGCUACGGUAAGCAGUCUUUCCGCAUUCCGAAAAUAAAGAAGGAAUCAGAACCGUUACGAGUGGAACCUACUAGCGAAGUUCUUAUGGUGCAGGAUGACUCUGAGACGGAUAAGGACGAUAAGGCGCCCCAGGCCGUAGAGGGUAACGACCAAGAAUCUGAUGACGGUGGUGCAGAUACCGGUCAUUGCGAGGCCAAAGAUGAUACGGAUGAGGAGGCGAUGGAGGAUGCUAAUAAUAUCGCAAGCAGCAGUGAACCGGAGAAGGUUCGGCAAGUUGACGAUAUAGAAAUUAAACAUAGAAAAGUCGUUGCUGAGAAAGACGCAGAAAUCACAUCAAAAGACGUUAUCCAAGAUGAAAAACUAUCAGGUCCUCCAGAGCUCACAAAAAAAGCCCAGGAGAAAAGUCUGGAUGAUGCAACGAAUUCUGUUCCUGCUGUACAAACUGAAACCGAGAAACAAGACAUUGUACAGGAAGCAGCCAAAAGUCCGGAACACAAACUACAGGAAACCAAACCCCCUGCAGAACAAACCAUCCUUGCUCAGUUCUUUGCGAAUUUGUUAGGAAGUCAAAACAAAAAAGAAAAGAAGACGGCUCUCUAUUCUCUCAUAAGCACGUUCUCAGACAGUUUCAACCCAAAAGAAUUGUCGAAAAUAAAGAAAAUCAUCAAAGCUGAAGAAGAAGAUAGUUCUGAAGAUGAAGACGGCCAGAAAAAGGCUAGUCCAGAAGCGGAGUCAAAGAAAACUGAAGAAUCAGCUGGGGAAGUGUCUGAAGUGAAACAGUCCGCAAAACAGCCUCUGGAAGUGACAAAAGUUGCUGAACCUGUUGAUAAUAUACCAGGAACUGAUGCUGCACCAGAAGAUGCGAUUCCCGAAGAUGUCGCUCCAAAGAAUGAAAUCGUUCCGAAACGUAAAUUGAGGAGACGUGUUAAGCGAAUUUCGUCAGAAUCUCCCAAAGAUUCAGCGAAUCGCGACAAAGAUGAAGAGGACUCGCCUCCUACUGAAACCAUGUCUUCGGAGUUUCCUGAUGAUUCGGCGGAUCGCGGCAAAGAUGAAGAGGACUUGCCUCCAGCUGAAACAAUGUCUUCAGAGAUAACUACUACUGACUUGGAUAGGUCAUUGAUACAGGGCGACGUAGUUGUCACCGUGGGAGAAAGAAUCAAAUCUAGGAAGAGGACAACGACGUGCUCUAUAAAACCUAGAAAAAAAUGCAGAUCGGAACUGGACAAGCUUCACGAAGAUAUCCAGGAUAUGUUCAUACGGGAUGGGGUUCUGACAGCGACAGGUAAAAGGAUGUGUCAUCUGUUGAAAGAUGAUCCCCAUGCUCUAUCGGUCCCGUCAUCCGGCGAAUCCGAAGAACCCCUUAAAGUCCGAAAAAAACCCGGCCCUAAACCGAAAGUGAAGACUUCAGAUCACACCGAAGUAAACACGAUGAAGAAUGUCAGAGUUAUUAUUUCCAAAAUACCCGAAAGCGAAAUACAGGACAACGAAAAAUACUCUAGGAGGUUAACAAGAAGUAUGACGUAUGAGGAUAGCGAUAACGAAAAUUCUGUUAUCGAAGAGGAUUCCAGAAAGGAAGCGUCAGAUUUUGAGAACGAUUCAGGGUCCGAAAGCAGCGAAUAUGAAAAAGAACCUUCCCUAACGAAUGAGACUAAGCAAAAUGCCAAACUUAGAAAAAAGUUGAAGAGAAAGCGUGGUGGAUGGGCAAGUGGGGUGAUUAAGAAGAAUAAGAAGAAGAAGCCUGUACCUGAAGAUGUCGCUAAACCGACUGUAGAAGAGGAACUGAACGAUUCCAGCUCCAAAGAUUUCUUGGAGCCCGAUAAGGAAUAUUUUGUCGAUUUUGCUAUGCAGUCCUCCUACGCUUGUAAAUUGUGCGAUUUCAAGGGAAAGUUCAUCACAACGCAUUACAAGACGGUUCAUCCCGAUUCGGAGGUGUUGAGUUCGAGGUUUACGCCAGCCGUAGCUGCCGAAUCUAUAGCGGACUCGAAGAAAAACCUAAGCAAAUACGAGGCAUGCGCGGCAAUGAGAGGAGCCAAGAAGGUCAAGUUUGUUUGUAGGUUUUGCACGGCUAACACGGUAGUGUUUCCGACUUUGUUUUAUGACCACUUGUCUACUCACACCGGCGAGUAUAGGCACAUUUGUCCCAAUUGCGGCAUUUGUUUUUGCGGGGCCAAAACUCUUAAGUAUCAUAUGAAUACCGUUCACAAAGAAGACGCCAUGCCGAUUGUUCGUAAGAGUUACAAUUCCACCAUUAUGUUCGGAUAUAUUUGCAGCGAGUGCAACUAUGUUCAGAUGAACGAGAAACUAGUACAAGAGCACGUCAAUAUCUACCAUCUGAUCAGACCGAAUAUUUAUAAGAUUAAUCUAUCAACUCACUUUGACGAAGAGAUAGAGAAACUUCAGAAAUAUUCCGAAACCCCAGAACUGAUGUUCAAAGAAGCAGAACCAAGCGAGAAAGCAUCCGAAGCUGUUAUGGCUAAAGGCAAAGAAAAAACGAUUGCUGCCAAGGCGAAAGAGGUUGUUGAGGACGUUAUGGAAGAACCUGAACCCGAAAUGGCUCCUCCAAAGCGCCGAAAACCCGGACCGAAACCAGGGCCAAAGUCCAAGAAAAAAUUGCUAGAGAGAAGGUACCUGCGGUCCAAAGAAAACGAAUCAGAAGACACCUCCACCACGACCGAUAGCGAAUCGGUUUCAAGCAGAAGCAGCGAUAAAGACGUUGAAAAAUCCACAAGAAUUCGCUGUGAUUUGAAAUUAGACGCGGAAAAGAUACUUCCGGGCAAGAGCAAGCGAGCUGCCAAAGCCAAGGCGCAGGAAAAGUUGAAGGUUAUCAUGGAACUGACCGACAACGCGGACAAGAAGAAGUCUUCGUCGGACGAGGCGAAAGGUGGAGAUACGACAGAAAGCAGUGAAGGCACACCACAGAAAGAACAAAAAGAAGUCUCUGAACAGAGCGGAGACACCCCCAUUUUGGCAGAGCCUCUGAAUAUAAAACAAGUGGAAAAAAUCGAGAAGGUUGUGAAAAAGGAAAUUGAAAUGAACGUGUUUACAUGUAAAACGGACUUGCAAGAGGAGAACAAGAAGAUCGAGCAAGAGCGACUGCAAAAGAUGGAUGAACUGAACCGAUCGGUUGGCUCGAGGACAUCUCUAAACUUCGUUGAUAAACUGUGCAAUAGGUUGAGCAAGAACGACGUGAUGGUCAAGGAAGAGCCCAAGGACGAACUGACGGAUAGCAUGUGCUACCGCGGAAGAAGCAAUUCCCCCAUUUCCAUGCCUGUCUUGGAGAAGAACCCCCCGAUCGUGCGACCUCCUACGGAACCAUCAAUAGCACCGCCCCCAGUUCCCACCCAAACGAAGAUGAAGAACCCCGUCCUGCCCGAAGAGGAGGACCCUCUGCUCCCCACGCCGAGUUUCGACGUCACGCAGAAGAACGACAGAGUUAUCGUUGACAUGAUCGAAAAACUGAGGGGUAAGCUCGGGACGGCGGGAAAUUUACCCGCGGUUACCGUUGAAGACGACGACGACGACGGUCCGCCCCCCUUGACACACGUUAACGAGUUGGUCAACGUGAAACCUUCCGAUAGUUCUACGAAAACACUGCAAAUCGGCGGUCUCGUGAAGGUCAUCAAGACCAGCGAGUCGACGACGUUCUGCUGUCUGGUGCCGCCUUGCGUCUUCUCCACAGACCACAAGGACGUGUUUCAGAGGCACUGCAGGGAAAUGCAUGGGGCCAGCGCUGUGGGUCGAAAUACGACGCUCUGCGAGACGUGCGGCGUCCAAAUCGAAGCUACGCAAGAAGCAUCGCUAUUGGAGAACUUGUUCAAGCACACCAUCACUGAGCACGCUGAUUUUUUGAACACCACUCAGCCCGGUUCAGAUUCCGUCGAACAACCGACUCCAGUAAGGCCACUCAACUUGCUUCGGAUCCGGAGGUUGAGCGGGGACGCCCUAAGCGUGACCAAGAACGACUGGGAGGAGGAAAUCGAUAAAGACCAGAAAAACUCCAACGUCAGUGAGAGUCCUGAAAACAAGGAGACGAUAGACGAAACUGUAGCUGAAGAAGCGCAGGCAACUGUCGCUCAAAUUGAGCUAACGGACGACAAUCCAUUCCCGUUCAAGAUAGCCGAUGUCAUGUCCUUAGCAGAGCCGCAGCCUCCUCCAUUGGCCCCCAUCGUCAAGCAGAACCUGAACCUGGUGGUGAAGGAAGCAAAGCUUUCUGUGGCGGAAAUAGGAAAGCCGAGGAAGACGCAAAAGGCUAUGGCUAAGUUUAUUGAGGAAGCCGGCAACUUGUACAAAUGCCCCCAUUACUACUGCCUGUUCACUACGAAUUUCAGGGACUUUCUGGAGCGGCACCUCAAGGCGCACUCCAUGGACCCGGAGUCGAUGAUUCCUUGCGUGUAUUGCGACAUGAAGACGCCGUGGGAGCACGUCCCGAUGCAUAUCGAUAUCCGCCACGGCAACUGCCGAUUUUCUUGUUCGUACUGCUUGUAUCGGGCCGCGGUGAAAGAAUACGUUUUCUUGCAUCAGGACAGGGCGCAUCCCUAUGCUGAUUAUUCGGUUAUCGCCUUGCCGAAUUCUAAGUCGAUAAAGAAAUUCGCCCUCGCCGAAACUAAGGUGGAUCCCAUGACGUUGUGCGAACCGUAUAAAUGUACCUCAUUCUGCCUCAUGGAAUUCCUGUUCGAAAAUGAAUUCAGAAAACACCUGAUGGAUUCCCACAGUACAAGCACUUUCGUAACGUGCGGUUACCAGACGUGUCGAAGCAGGGUGAUGGCUAGCAAGAUGACCCAACACUGGUCCAUGGCGCAUCAGGUGUCUCUAUAUCAGUGCGGUUAUUGUAAGACGAGCUGCAGCGACAUCAAGUUGAUGUUCCAUCAUUUUUCCAAAGUGCACCAGAACGUUGCACCGGAGAUAUUAGUCAGGAUGGUGACUCCUAUGCCGGAUAAAAUAACUCUCGGCUACAGUGCGGAGGCAUUCCGCAGGUUGCGCAAGGUCGUCAGCAUGCCCAAGAACAUCACGUCCGAAGAUAAAUCAGAGAAACCCUCCUCACCUGUCGGCAAACUCGUAGUGAAGCAGCCCCCCGCUCAGUUCAGCAAUACCGUCAGCAUGCAGGUCAUGAAUACGGUGGCUCCACCAUCUAUCCAGAAGGCGAUUGUUCUGCCAACGUCGAAGAAUUCUGUCGCAACAUAUUCCCUUGUCGCUUCCACUGCUCCGAUCACGACGGGGGUCAACAGUUUGAUCCUCGUGACCAGUAACCCGAAUAGUUUGAUGAAGAGUUCGCAAGUCAACAUGACCAGCCCUGUAGCGACUGUCAGCAAGGCGCAUGAGGACCCUACCACGCCUUCACCGCUUCAGCUACCAUUACUUUCGACUCCUCCAUCUACGAUUCCCUUCAGUUCGACUCCUGCAUCCUCACCACUGCCUUCACCUGCGAUUCCUACAACUCCCGUUACCGACAAGUCGAUAUCAACUGUUCUCUCUGGAGAAUCGAACUCCACCCCCACGCACUCAAACGUAGCUCCUCUGGAGCACAUUACCCUGGGCGAAGAUAACAAUCAGGAGGAAGUUUCUAAAGCAGACGUCGAUCCCUUGGAUCUAGGAGAGGCGGGCACGUCUCAAAACGAUAUCUUCAGUUCAGACGAAGAGAGCGACUCUCUGCUGAGGUCAGAGAAGGUGAAUAAGGAAUCGGAAGUGAGUAUCGAAGUACGUAUAACAGAUAGAUGAAUGUAUUGAAAUUUAGAAAUAUGUACAGUGUUUUGAAGGGACA